AUGUCGUCGCCCAGCAGGAGCAGGAGCAGCUCCCAACACGACGGCGUACCUCGUUAUUUCGUUAAAAACCGUUGGGACGGUGUUCCGCGACCGCAAAGUAAAAAACUUUGGCCUACUGACUUUUCCGGCGGUCUUGACAUAAGGUUGGAGAGUUGGAAUGACCCCACUCCUAGGGAAUCAGAAUUUACUGUCCAUGAUCUUCAUGACGCUUGUGUUGAGGCUCUCAGUCAUGACUACAGCUACUUCCCUUUUUCUUCGAUUAAGCCUAGUGAGGAGGAAAGAAAAGAACAUGAUCGUAAGAGCUCGGUGAUAGCAUUGGAAGUCUAUACCAAGCAAAAUAACAUGCAGCCUACCGAUCUUGAAUUCGUGGAAGUGAAACAUAGAAACAUUAUUGGUGAAUUUUGUAAAGGAUAUUUGCAUCUCAACUUUUUAGUGAAAGGGCUCGAUGGUAAACAUACAAUGUUUUUUGCUGAAGUGCAUCAUAAUCUCAGAGACGAGAAAGAUGUGUAUCUCUGCAAGCCUUUGGGGGAGGAUGACUGCAAUCCAUCAAAAAAGAAUGACCAAGCUCGCUGCAAAGGGUGUCAAUUUCGGGCAAAAGAUCUUAUACAUCCUAAUUGCGGUAGCUUCAUUGCUGGGCACAACACUAUUCUUUAUCCAGAGGAUAGUGACGAAGAAGAGCGUGAUUGGGAUUUCAUUUAG